AUGUCCUUCUCUCGCUCCAGCUUCUCCUCCGGCAGCCGCCUCGGCUCCAUGAGGUCGCCCAGCGUGUACGGGGGGGCCGGGGGCUCGGGGGUCCGCGUCUCCAGCAUGUCCGCUCCCAGAAGCUUCUCUUCCGGCGCCGGCGGUGCCGCUGCCGGAGGCGGCUUCAACCUGUCGGACGCCGUGGACGUCUCCGACAACAAGAAGAUGGCCAUGAAGAACCUGAACGACCGGCUGGCCUCCUACCUGGAGAAGGUGCGCAACCUGGAGAAGGCCAACGGCGAGCUGGAGCUGAAGAUCCGUCAGUUCCUGGAGAAGAAGACCAAACCCGAGGGCCACGACUGGUCUGCCUUCAAGGUCGUCAUCAGUGACCUGCAGGACAAGAUGUUCGAUGCGAACCGUAAGAACGCCGCCCUCUACCUGGCCAUCGACAACGCCAAGCUGGCGAGUGACGACUUCCGGGUGAAGUUCGAGAGCGAGCUGGCCAUGCGCCAGUCGGUGGAGGCCGACAUCUCCGGGCUGAGGAGAGUCCUGGACGAGCUGACGCUGGGCAGAUCCGACCUGGAGAUGCAGAUCGAGGCUCUGAGGGAGGAGCUCACACAUCUCAAGCUGAACCACGAGGAGGACCUGCUGGCGCUCCGGGCUCAGAUGAGCGGUCAGGUCAACGUGGAGGUGGACGCCGCUCCUCAGACGGAUCUGUCCGCCGUCAUGGCCGGCAUCAGGGAGCAGUACGAGAACAAUGCUGCCAAGAACCAGAAGGAGCUGCACUCCUGGUUCAAUUCCAAGUCGGAGGAUCUGAAUAAGGAAGUGGCGGUCAGCACGGAGACUCUGAGGUCGUCGCGCUCCGAGGUCACGGACGUGAAGCGGACCCUCCAGGGUCUGGAGAUCGAGCUCCAGUCUCAGCUCAGCAUGAAAUCGUCUCUGGAGGGAACGCUCUCCGACACCAACGGCAGGUACGGCAGCAUGCUGGCCGGGUUCCAGCGGCAGGUCUCCUCCCUGGAGGAGCAGCUGGGCCAGCUGAGGGCCGACCUGGAGCGCCAGGGCCACGAGUACCAGGCGCUGCUGGACAUCAAGACCCGGCUGGAGCUGGAGAUCGCCGAGUACCGGAGGCUGCUGGACGGAGAGAUGCCGAGGUGA